UGUAGAGACAGCAGCGUUUUAUUAAAUUUGGUAGGCACAACCCUAGGGAAGCUUCACGCCGGUUUCACAAACCAGAGCUUCGCUAUUCCUUGUUUCUACUAUUCCUCUCUGCGCCGCGCUUUCUCUCUGAAACUCGAUAACCCUAACGAUUAAUCGAUAAAGAAAAUUCACCUCGAUUAUUCGUAAGAGUUAAAACCGGCCCGGAAAAAUUUAUCAAUGGGUCGGAAGAAGCCGAGUGCUCGAGGUGGUGACGAUGAGCAACAACCCCCUGCGUCAUCUCUCGUUGGUGCUGCUAAAUCUAAGAAGAAAGCCGUUCAGAUUGAUGACGAUGAGUAUUCCAUAGGUACUGAGCUUUCCGAGGAGCCUAAAGCUGAGGAAGACAAGGUUGUUAUCACUGGGAAGAAGAAGGGUAAGAAAGGUAAUAAGAAGGCUACGCAGCAGGAUGAUGAUGAUGAUUUUUCUGAGAAGUUUGCUGCUGAGGAAGACGAUGUCCCGGAGAUUGCUUUUGCAGGGAAGAAGAAGUCUAAAGCUAAGAAGGGUGGCUCUGUUAGCUUUGCCCUCCUUGAUGAUGAAGAUGAUAAGGAGGUAGCGGAGGAUAAUGAAUCUGACGGUGACAAAGACGACGAGCCAGUCGUUAGUUUUACGGGUAAGAAGCAUGCGUCCAAGAAGGGUAAUAAAGUCAGUCAUUCGUUUGCGGCUUCAGCUUUUGAUGCACUUGGUGGUGAUGAUAAUGACGAGGAUGAAGACGAGGAAGUGAACGGAGAUGACGCUCCAAUCACCUUCUCUGGUAAGAAGAAGAAAUCCUCCAAAUCGUCGAAGAAGAGCACUAAUUUAUUUAGCGCUGCUUUGCUUGAUGAGGAAGAAGAGACAGAUGCUUCAACCUCUAGGCCCGACGAAAAUGCAAUCGAAGAUGAAGAGAGCCCCGAAAUCACGUUUUCGGGUAAGAAGAAAUCUUCUAAAAAGAAGGGCAGCAGUGUUUUGGCCUCGUUAGGUGAUGACUCAAUGCUAGGCAAAGAAGCUGCUGACGAAAUUAGUAAUACUAAAACUUCUGAUACUAAGAGUGAGGAAGUUGUAGAACCUGCCAAGAGUAAGAAAAAGAAGAAGAAUAAUAAGAGCGGAAGGACAGUACAGGAAGAGGAUGAUUUAGACAAACUUCUUGCAGAACUUGGAGAAACCCCUGCUGCUGGAAAACCUGCGCCUGAAGUAGAGAAAGUUCAAGCUCAGCCUGAGCCAGUUGCAUCUGUAGAGAAUGCUGGUGAGAAGGAAGGAGAAGAAGAGACUGCAGCAGCGAAGAAAAAGAAAAAGAAGAAGGAAAAAGAGAAGGAAAAAAAAGCAGCAGCAGCUGCUGCUGCGGCAAUCUCUUCCGGGGAGGCAAAGGAGGAAAAACAAGAAGAAUCAGUAACUGAGCCACUGCAGCCGAAGAAGAAGGAUGCAAAGGGUAAAGCAGCAGAGAAGAAAAUUCCUAAACAUGUUAGAGAGAUGCAAGAGGCUCUUGCACGACGGCAAGAAGCCGAAGAAAGAAAGAAGAAGGAAGAAGAAGAGAGAUUGAGAAAGGAGGAAGAGGAGCGCCUCAGGCAAGAAGAGCUUGAGAAGCAAGCUGAGGAGGCUAAGCGUAGGAGAAAGGAAAAGGAAAAGGAGAAACUGUUGAGGAAGAAGCAAGAGGGCAAGCUUCUCACAGCAAAACAAAAGGCUGAAGCUCUUAAGAGGGAGGUUUUUAAAAACCAGUUGCUGGCUGCUGGUGGAGGUCUCCCUGUUCCAGAUGAAGGGGAGCCUUCCUCAAAACGUCCCGUUUAUGCCAACAAGAAAAAAUCAGCUCGCCAAAAAGGCAAUGACUCUGCUUCUGUUCAGGUGGAAGAGGAUGUAGAGCCAAAAGAGAAUCAUGCAGAUGAACUAGAUACUUCAGGUGAAGUGGGUUCAGCAGACACUGAAAAGGUUGAUUUAAUAGAGUCAGCAGACACAGUCCAGACGUCAGAACCUACUGAUGUAGCUCAGGAGAAUGGGGUUGAGGAAGAUGAUGUAGAAGAUGAAUGGGAUGCAAGAAACUGGGAGGAUGAUGUCAGUCUUACCUUCAAAGGUGAUUUUGAUGAUGAGGAGGAAGAACCUCAGCCUGUAGUUAAGAAAGAAAUAAAUGACGCUGUAUCGAAGACGCAUGAUUCAGACCCUGAAGCUGGAAAACCAACAUCUAAACCAGCAGGUAUGGGCAACCCAACAGCACCUGCCACUAAAAUUUUACCUGAAGCGGAAGACGCUACACGUACAAAACGUGCUACCCGGGCAAAAGAUGCGUCUAAAAAGGGCAAAGGCAUAGCUCUGAGUGAACCUAUAGAGGGUGAAGAAAAUCUCCGCUCUCCCAUUUGCUGCAUCAUGGGUCAUGUCGAUACUGGUAAAACAAAGCUUUUGGAUUGCAUCAGAGGAACAAAUGUACAAGAAGGUGAAGCUGGAGGUAUAACUCAGCAGAUUGGUGCAACAUAUUUCCCCGCAGAAAACAUCCGAGAGAGGACCAGGGAACUGAAAGCAGAUGCAAAACUUAAGGUGCCUGGUCUAUUAGUUAUUGAUACUCCUGGCCACGAGUCCUUCACGAAUCUGCGAUCAAGGGGUUCAAGUUUGUGUGACCUUGCAAUUUUGGUGGUUGACAUAAUGCAUGGGUUAGAGCCACAAACCAUAGAAUCUUUAAAUCUUUUAAGAAUGAGGGACACAGAGUUCAUUGUUGCAUUGAAUAAGGUGGAUAGGCUAUAUGGAUGGAAAACAUGCAAGAAUGCUCCUAUCGUGAAGGCAAUGAAGCAGCAAACUAACGAUGUUAAAAAUGAAUUUAACAUGAGGCUUACUGGGAUUAUAACCCAGUUCAAGGAGCAAGGUCUCAACACUGAGCUUUACUACAAAAAUAAAGAAAUGGGAGAAACUUUUAGUAUUGUUCCUACUAGUGCUAUUAGUGGGGAAGGGAUCCCAGAUCUCUUGCUGUUGUUGGUUAACUGGGCACAGAAAACAAUGGUUGAAAAACUUACAUAUGUUGACGACGUGCAGUGUACUGUCCUGGAGGUCAAGGUUAUUGAAGGCCAUGGUACAACGAUUGAUGUUGUGUUGGUAAACGGUGUACUUCAUGAAGGUGAUCAAAUUGUCGUUUGUGGGUUACAGGGACCUAUAGUCACAACGAUUAGAGCAUUACUGACUCCUCAUCCAAUGAAAGAGUUACGGGUGAAGGGUACUUAUGUGCAUCAUAAAGAAAUAAAGGCUGCACAGGGUAUUAAAAUUACCGCCCAGGGCCUUGAACACGCAAUUGCUGGCACUGCACUGCAUGUGAUUGGACCUGAUGAUGACAUCGAUGCAAUUAAGGAGCAGGCUAUGGAAGAUAUGGAGUCAGUUUUGAGCCGGAUCGACAAAAGUGGUGAAGGAGUUUAUGUACAAGCGUCUACAUUAGGAUCAUUGGAAGCAUUGCUUGAAUUCUUAAAGUCCCCAGCAGUAAAGAUUCCUGUCAGUGGUAUCGGUAUAGGGCCUGUGCAUAAGAAGGAUAUCAUGAAGGCAGGAGUGAUGCUCGAGAGGAAGAAGGAGUAUGCUACAAUUUUGGCUUUUGAUGUGAGAGUAACUACGGAUGCUCGUGAGCUUGCAGACGAGAUGGGAGUAAAGAUCUUCUGUGCCGAUAUCAUCUAUCAUUUAUUCGAUCAGUUCCAGGCGUACAUUGAGAAUAUCAAAGAGGAGAAAAAGAAGGAAUCAGCCGAUGAAGCAGUCUUCCCAUGUGUACUUCAGAUCUUACCUAACUGUGUGUUCAAUAAGAGAGACCCAAUAGUCCUUGGAGUUGAUGUCAAGGAGGGUGUACUUAAGAUUGGAACUCCCAUCUGCGUCCCUGGCAGAGAGUUCAUCGAUAUUGGCCGCAUUGCCUCUAUUGAGAACAACCAUAAGCCUGUUGACUAUGCAAAGAAGGGCAACAAGGUGGCGAUUAAGAUUGUUGCUUCGAAUCCUGAAGAACAGAAAAUGUUUGGGAGGCACUUCGACAUGGAAGAUGAGCUUGUGAGUCACAUUUCGAGGAGAUCUAUCGACAUACUCAAAACCAACUACCGGGAUGAGUUAUCCAUGGAUGAAUGGAAGCUAGUUGUAAAACUGAAGAACAUCUUCAAGAUACAGUAGAUUCCUCUAACAGUCAACUUGUUGGCGCUUGAAACACCACAGGCCUGGGAAACAAACAAGAGUCUUGAGAUAUACAACCUUAUAUGCCUUUUAUUUUUUUUGACUUAUUUCCAUUUUUGUUGAAAGGAAAAAUAAUCGAAUGAAGGAAAAAUAAUCUGAAAGAUUAAUGUUAAUGUUUUGGUUAAUGUUCAGAUUCAGUAUUAGGAUAUA